AUGCCAAUCGAUCAUAUAUGGAUCUUCCCUCCAGCUAACAAACCUUCCAAAAUAUGGAACAUUUCCACCAAAAUAAUAUUGUCUCUUGUCGGAGCUUCCAGCAAAUUAUGGUCAGAUUGGCUGAACACGUUCAACCUCAUCAAUGGAGAUAUUUUAUACAAAACAAUCGAGGAUCGACCAUCCAACCAAGGUCUGGUUACCGUCAGUAAUCAUUACAGUUGUAUUGAUGAACCUCUUCUUUGGGGAAUUUUAAAAUGGAAAUAUCUGAUUGGUGCAAGAAACAUCCGCUGGACACUUGGUGCUGACAAUAUAUGUUUCACCAAAUACUGGCAUACUGUUUUCUUCAGUCUUGGUCGAGUGGUCCCCGUGUGUCGCGGUGAAGGAGUCUACCAGCGAAGCAUGGAUUUUGUCCUUGAACAGCUUAAUCGUGGACAAUGGCUGCAUAUGUUUCCAGAAGGGAAAGUAAAUUUAACAAAAGAAUGUUUACGUUUAAAAUGGGGUGUUGGCCGUCUGAUAGCUGAUUGCAACAAUAAUUCCUUAGUCUUGCCAAUGUGGCAUAUUGGAAUGGAUUCCAUUUUGCCAAAUAAAAAGCCUUAUAUUCCAAGAAUAGGGCAAACUGUUACGAUUUUGGUUGGGGAACCAUUGCAAUUUAAAUCUGAUGUUGACAGUUUAAGACAAGAUGGGAAAAGUGCCAGGGAAAUUCGCAAACACAUCACAGACAAAAUCCAAGAAGAAAUGAAAUUGCUGAGAAAAAGAGCUGAACAAUACCACUGUGAAAAGUUGCAUAAAUCUUAG